GGGCCCAGGCGCGGGGGAGGCGGUCGCCGCUGGGACGCCGGUGGGGGCGCUUCGCAGAGGGAAGGAGCAGGAGCGCCCCUACCUCAUCGGGCGGGGGCGGGGGCGGGGGCGGGGGCGAGGGCAAGGGCGGCGCUCGUCGCGUGUGGGUCGCGGUGGAGCGGGCGGCGGGAGGGGGGUGGCAGUGGAGGGACUGAGACGGGCAGGGGUGACUGUUGGCAGCAGGACUAGCUGGAGACCUGGACCUGGAAGCGCGUUCGGGGAGGGCUUGCGGGUAGAGGAGGGCGUGGGCGUGUCUGGUAUGGUAUGCAGUGGAAAGGAGGGGGCCCUCCUGAGUAGAUCCGUGAGUGGUUCCUUUGAGGAAGCCUCUUCUUCCCCUCUGCCUUAUUAUUUGUCAGCGAGGGAGUCCCCAUGGUCUCUGUUCAAGUUCUGGAAACUUUCUCUUUGGGUGGGCUUAAUCACCUACGACUUCAUCGUAGAACUGCCCGGGGCCUUUUCUGAUAUUGGUCACAAACGUGGGGAGUAUGUCAGAAAACAGGAAGCCGCUGCUAGGCUUUGUAAGCAAACUCCCCGGUGGGACUGCACUUGGGAACUCGGGCAAGACUCACUGCCCCUUGUGCAUGGGGCUUUUCAAAGCCCCCAGGCUCUUGCCUUGUUUGCAUACAGUUUGCACCACGUGUCUGGAGCAGCUGGAGCCCUUCUCAGUAGUGGACAUCAGAGGGGGAGACUCUGACACAAGCUCUGAGGGGUCAAUAUUCCAGGAACUCAAACCACGAAGUCUGCAGUCGCAGAUCGGCAUCCUCUGUCCGGUAUGUGAUGCUCAGGUGGACCUGCCCAUGGGUGGAGUGAAGGCUUUAACCAUAGACCACCUGGCCGUGAAUGAUGUGAUGCUGGAGAGCCUGCGUGGGGAAGGCCAGGGCCUGGUGUGUGACCUGUGCAACGACAGGGAAGUAGAGAAGAGGUGUCAGACCUGCAAAGCCAAUCUCUGCCACUUCUGCUGCCAGGCUCAUAGGCGGCAGAAGAAAACGACUUACCAUACCAUGGUGGACCUAAAAGACUUGAAAAGCUACAGCCAGAUUGGGAAGCCCAUCCUCUGUCCUGCUCACCCUGCGGAGGAACUGAGGCUAUUCUGUGAGUUCUGUGACCGGCCCGUGUGCCGGGAUUGCGUGGUGGGGGAGCAUCGAGAACACCCCUAUGACUUCACCAGCAAUGUCAUCCACAAGCAUGGGGACUCCGUGCGGGAGCUCCUCAAAGGUACUCAGCCCCACGUGGAAGCCCUGGAGGAGGCCCUGGCUCAGAUCAAGAUAAUGAACAGUGCCCUCCAGAAGCGAGUGGAGGUAGUGGCAGCUGAUGUCCGGACAUUCUCAGAGGGCUACAUUAAGGCCAUUGAGGAGCAUCGGGACAAGCUGCUGAAGCAGCUGGAAGACAUACGGGUCCAGAAGGAAAAUUCCCUGCAGCUGCAGAAGGCCCAGCUGGAACAGUUACUUGCAGACAUGCGGACUGGAGUGGAGUUCACCGAGCACUUGCUGACAAGUGGCUCAGACUUGGAGAUCCUCAUCACCAAGGGGGUGGUAGUAGAACGGCUCAGGAAGCUGAACAAAGUUGAAUAUAGCACCCGCCCUGGAGUGAAUGAUAAGAUACGCUUCUGUCCUCAGGAGAAAGCAGGCCAGUGCCAUGGCUAUGUGAUUUAUGGGACCAUUAAUACCAAAGAGGUUGAUCCAGCCAAAUGUGUCCUACAAGGAGAAGAUCUCCACAGAGCCCGGGAAAAGCAGACAGCCUCUUUCACCCUGCUUUGCAAGGAUGCCGCAGGAGAAAUCAUGGACAGGGGAGGAGACAACAUUCAAGUUGUCGUUGUCCCUAAUGACAAGAAAGACAGCCCAGUCAGAACGAUGGUCCGGGAUAACAAGGAUGGAACAUACUACAUUUCCUACACCCCCAAGGAACCUGGCAUCUAUACUGUGUGGGUCUGCGUCAAGGAGCAGCAUGUACAGGGCUCACCAUUCACUGUGACCGUGAGGAGAAAGUACCGCCCACACCCAGGUGUGUUUCACUGCUGCACCUUCUGCUCCAGUGGAGGCCAGAAAACCGCUCGCUGUGCCUGUGGAGGCACCAUGCCAGGUGGGUACCUAGGCUGUGGCCAUGGACACAAAGGCCACCCAGGUCGUCCCCACUGGUCCUGCUGUGGGAAGUUUAAUGAGAAGUCUGAAUGCACGUGGACAGGUGGGCAGAGCGCACCGAGGAGUCUACUUAGGACUGUGGCGCUCUGAGGGGUUUGUGCUCAGCCUGUUAAAGCUGCAGUCAGCACCACUUCAGAUUUCCAGAGGACCCAGAGCUUCGUUCAUUCUAAAGAGACUGAUAAAAUUAAAAACAAAGUGCCUUAUCUUACAUUGGAGUUCAAGUGCUUUUGUUACUCAUGGUACUUGUGGAUGCUUGAGCACAAAAGACCACCUCUACGUUUCUCUUAAAGGUAGGUUGGCAACGUUCUUUCUCUACCACAGGACACUCCUUUUCAUUUUGUACAGUAUGGAGGUAUCUAUUCCAUUGGAACUGAAGAGUCAUGGGAUACUUUAGUUCCUUAUUUUCUGAUAUAUUAUAACCUUUUUCAUUUUUCUCUGAGCUACACAUUAUUAUUUCCCCUAGAGAUUAAAAGCUUCCUUUCAUCCUGUC